CUUCUCCUCCCCCACCAAACAUCAGAGCAAAAUAUCGUCUCCAUGGGUCAACGUCCAAUCUCCGCCUUCAAGCGCCUCCAAGCGCUAACUACAGAAGGCUUCAUCAGCGCCGACAUUCCAAUCUCACAACCGUACUAUAGCUACAACCAAACUACCCAGACAUGGAGCCCGGUCCAAACAGACACCACCCGGGGUUCCACAACAAGCAUAACUCCCUUGAAACGCCUCACACUAACAACCUGGAACAUCGACUUUCAACAGUCCUGCAAAGCAGAACGGACUCAAGCUGCCCUAAACUAUCUUUCAAAGGUCCUUAUCAAGCCCAAUGACGGGAACAAUAACAACCUUACCCCAAUAAACGUAAUAUUCCUCCAAGAAAUGGUCCCCACCGAUCUAACUAUCAUGCAACAAACAAAAUGGAUACAGGAUCACUUCUUCAUCACCGACGUAAACGAUGCUCACUGGAGAGGCGCCUACGGGACGACGACUCUGAUCGAUAAACGGUGCCAUGUGCAGCGGGUGUUUAGGGUCCCCUAUUCGACGUCCAGAAUGCAGAGAGAUGGGCUUUUUGUGGACUUGAAUUGCUUUCAGGGUCAAAAGGCGAAUGGUGGUAGUGAGAUUGGAGCCCUUCGUCUUUGCAACACCCACCUUGAAAGUCUCCUCUCCAACCCUCCAAUCAGACCCCAACAGCUCCAUCUCGCUUCGAAGUUCAUGCAUGGCUCUGGACCUGGGGAGACAGACUUACUUACUCCGCACGCGGCAAUAUUAGCCGGUGAUCUCAACGCCUUCGCGCCUGAGGAUUUCACCGCGCCAAAUGAGUGUGGGCUCCGUGAUGCAUUUCUGGUUCUUGGUGGGAAGGAUGGCACGGAGGAGAGCUUCACGUGGGGUCAGCAGAUUCCCGACUGGUUGAGGGAUAAGUUUGGAUGUUCUCGUAUGGACAAAAUUUUGUUCUGUGGUGGGCUGGAGGUAGAGAGGCUGGAGAGUAUUGGAGCUGGGGAAAAGGUUUGGAUUGAGUAUCCAAAAAUGAGUGAUGGAGAGAGUGAUGAUGAGGAGGGGGAGGAAAUGUGGAUUACGGAUCACUUGGGGUUAUCUGCUGAGUUUAGGAUUACGGGUUUCGAGGGAGAGGAGGCUGUAUGAUGACUGGUGUCUAGAAUAUUUAAUGCGAUGCGAUGACUGUACUGACC